GUCAUAGAAAACCACGGCUGAUUAUAUUAGAAGAGGCGCCGGAAGCAGCAGGUUGGAGGAGGACAACAACAGAGAGGGGAGCACGGAGGACGAAGAGGUCCAUACUUCGGGCUUUGUUUAUGAUAUUGUUGCAUCUGUUAAAAUUCUGAUCCAAAAUGGCUUUGACGCAAGAAUCGAUUUUGUCUUUUUUACUGGAGCACGGAGGCAAAGUGAAGAACUCGGAGCUGCUGAACAAUUUCAAGAGUCGGAUCAGCUGCAGCGAUCCCGCGGAAAGGCAGCACAAUAGGGAUCUUUUCAAGAAGCUGGUGAACAGCGUCGCUGUGGUCAAACAGAUCGACGACGUGAAGUUUGUAGUUGUGAAGAAAAGGUAUCAGGACUUUGCCAGAGAGGCCGUGCUUGGCGCUUCGCAGAAAAUGCGCGUGGAUGAAACUUUCUCAAGCCCAAACACGAGUUUUUCGUACUCGUCUCCUCAUCGAGCCGAGUCAGCCAGGAUGAUUUACUCCGACAUUGAGAACAAUAAUAUGUGCUAUCCCUCAAAUGUGAAUGACAAGUGUUAUAGUAAUGAUAAACACACGUCUGUGGGGAGUAUGCCUAUGCAGGAGAGGAGGUUAUCAAGAAGCAUGAGUAGUGCGGACACAACCACUGUCAAAGUCCUGAAUAUCUCCGCGGAUCAGGCGAGCAGUGCAAGGAAAUCUGGAGCUGUGUUUGCUGUCAUAGCUGUAAAAUCCCCACCGAGAGACGCUGCACCAGUAAAACAGGGUGGAUUACAAUCCCAGAUGCAUCAAAAUAACACUUCAGACCAGCCUAUCACGUUCAUAACCAAAGUUUCUACACCAUCAGUGCCAGCUGGCAAGAAGGCUGUUUUGAGUGACUCCCAAUGUUGGAAACACAGACAGACAGAAAUGCAGUCAUCAGCCUUUCCUCAGGUGAGGCCCCAAAACAAGACCCAAAGACAAGGAGAUGAUGCAAAGUACUCAGAGUCUGUGCCUCUGGACCCAUUAGCUCAUGAGUGGUUGGUAAAGUGUGCUGCUGGACUGUGGGGACAGAUCUAUGGUCUGCUGCUGCAGGACACACGGUUAGCACAGAAGAAAGACUUCAUGUCAGGUUUCACGGCGCUGCACUGGGCUGCCAAGGACGACAACAGCGAGAUGAUACGUAAGAUCAUGGACAUCUCCAGGAAAAGAGGCACUUGUGUUAACAUCAACAGCAAAACACACGGAGGAUACACGCCUUUGCACAUCGCAGCCAUACAUGGCCAUGCUGAGGUAAUGGUGUUGCUUGUGAAAAGUUAUGGAGCCAAUGUAAAUGAGAGAGAUAACGAUGGCAAGAAGGCCUACCACUACCUGGGCAAAGGUGUGCCAGGUGAGCUCAGAGCACUUUUGGGGGGACUGCAACAGAGCAACAGGGAGAAGACCGAAGAUCAAGAAUACACAGAGCACUCGAAAGGCUUCAACACCAUUAGUAAACUGUUCCAGCCCCACAUAGGCAGGAAACCAAAGACAAAUACGAAGUAUGCCCAUGACUGGUGAGAAUAGAAGACCACAAAAGAAGCUGUGAGAUGGAGAAGGUUAAAACCAUAGGAGAUGAGGUCGUCUAAGUUUGUAUAUUAUGUUAAUAUCGAAUAACUUCAGGAAAAGUAGCUUCUCCUUUAAAUCACUGAAAGUCUGUAACUGAAUUACAAAUGUGAAGUCUGUUAGUGGUCUGCUUAUUGCAGGCUUUAGCUCUCUUGCACAGUGUAUCACUGUUGGGUGGAAUAUUUAUGAACGGUAUUUAUAGUUUAAUCAUCUCAUUUUAUUUAGCUCAACUCCAUGUAUGAACGAUGACUAUGUUAUUUUGAAUCUACUCAAUUUAUUUUCCUUACUAACAACACAACCAGCUACACUCAUACAUUUUCCUCACUCAAUGUAUAAUAAACCUUUAGGAGUCACCUACUGA